CGGUGAGUAAGGCAGCUGCGGUUUGAAGCCAGGACGCGGGCGGCGCGAGUCCCACCCGAGCGCGGGGCGAGUCCGUUAGCAGCGAGCGAGCGAGCGGGCGGCGUCUACUCGCCUCACACACAAGCGAUGGCAGCGUGCGGGUCUGGCCAGCAGCUGCGAGAAGAUGCUUUGGUCGACUUCUUGGCAAAGAACGGCGGCCGUGUCCAAAACAAGGAGCUGGUGGAGAGGUUCAAAACGUUUAUCAACGACCCCGAGCCGCAGCUGAAAGCUAAAUAUCGUGACAUCUUCAAAGAUAUUGUCAACCGAAUUGCAGUGGUUAAACAUGAAGAUGGUGAAAAAUACAUUGUUCUUAAAAAGAAAUAUCGGCAUCUUGUGCAUGAAAAAGAUAGCAGCAGCAGCAACAAAGAAAAGAAUACAUCUGUGCAAGCAACAUUUGAAAAAAUGCUAGAGAGUGACCAACCUGUGUAUUUUGGAAAAGAUAAGCAAACUAGCUCUUUCUCAGAUGUCCAUCAAUUUAUGCAAAAGUCUCAAAAUGAAACAUCAGAAAUCUCAACAUCAUCAAAUGUGAAUUUAUGUGAAUGGAUUACACAAGAUGUACCAACAUCCGAUACAAUAUCUAAAGUACCUUUGGAAAUAACGAAUGACAGCCAGGGAAAUCCCAGGCUUGGCUCCAAUGAAGCAACUGAAGAAAGGCAAGAUGAAAGGUUUGAUGUGUCUAAAAACAAUGCAGCAAAUUCAGUGAAUAUUGAAAUAAAGGUGGAAGAAGCUCAAGAGGAAGAAUUUGACUCUGUGUUCAAGGAGGAACUGGAACAAAAUGUAUUUGAGGAUGGCAGCGGAAGCAUGGGAUCACCAUCUGUUGCGUCAUUUCAAGGGCAUUUGUCGUUUGUCUCCGUCACCCCAUUGGAAUUGGAUCCUUUGGAGAAGGAGUGGCUGAAGUGUGCUGCCAUUGGACAUUUAACCGCUUUGAGUGAUCUUCUCAGGCAGGAUCCAUCUCUGGCAAUGAAAAAGGACUUCACAUCUGGGUUUACUGCUUUACACUGGGCAGCAAAACAUGGCAAAGAAAAUAUGGCAAGAAUGUUAAUAAAUGCAGGAGUGGACAUCAAUCUCAGAGCUCAUGGGUACACACCUUUGCACAUAGCAGCACUCCACUCCCACUUAGACAUCAUGGAUCUUCUUAUUCAUAACUAUGGUGCAAAAACAAAUGUAAGAGACUAUAGUGGACGGUUUGCAUCCCACUAUCUAAAAGACAACGAUGAUCCUACAGAUUGUUCUAACAUAUCUUCAAAAUUCCAACAGUCUCGGGGAGGACGACGGAACCGGAAGCUUGCUGGACUCUUCCUGCCAAAGAGCUAUGGAAGCAAUAAAAAGAAUUGGGGUUCAGUAGAGUACCUGACAACAGAUGACAAAGAUGGUUCCAUAUUCCUGUCUGUACCAACUUCAUACAAAGCAGUACGCAAGUUUUCAAGAUAGGAUGCGUGUGUAAGCGAGAAGUUGUGAUUUGAAGUUUGCGGACCCAUUACAAUCUUUUGUUCGAAACAAGCAGCACAUAUAUUUGUUUAUUAUAUUAAUAUAAACACUUAAUAGCAAGAAUAAUUGAAGUUGCAUUUUAGGCACCUACUUCACCCACUGCGUAAUGUUACUCAAGAUACAAACAAGAGGAAUCUUCCUUACUAAGUAUUAUUUAAUCUGUUUUGUAUUGUUGGUUGGUUCUGGGUUUUCAAUUUUCCAUGCCUUGCAAGUUUUGCAUUGGACUUACUGUUGGCUUCGAAGUAGCAUUUUUACAACAAUUUUUGUUCCUGUAUUCUGCCAGGUUUUAAUGCUUAAUCAUUAAUCUUGGAAGUACAUGUUUGAAGCUCAUUUUGGGUAAACCGGUGAGGUUCACUGUCUACAAGGAUAAUCAUCCAUGUAAUAAACAGCCUUGUAAACAAAACAGUAAGAUCCAACUGAUGUUGAUAUGCUUAUAAGAGGGAUAAGUGUUGACUCCACUUGUGCGAUAUUGUGAUUGGGUUCUUUAGUGCAGAUUUCUAGUGCAAACACAUGCUGUGUUCAAUACAUUUUUGGAAGUACGAGAAAGCUGCUUGUAUUCACAGAAUAAUAUCUUAAGUAAAAUCAGACACUGGGAAGCGAAGCUCUCUGAAGUAAAACCUGGAAGACAAAAUUAAAUUCAUUUUUUUGCACACAAAUAAAAUCUGUAGUCAUGCAACUUUUUCUAUUGAAAGUGAUAGUUAUCCCAUACAAGCCCUAAAUUUGUGAGAAUGUUGAGAUGAAUUCUUGGAAUUCCACUCAACUCAUUCUUGAACACUAAUUUUUCGAGCAACCCUGCCAUAUCAUAUAAUCUUAACUAAUUUCUCUUUUUGAUAUCAAUAUAUUUCAGCUAUGAUAUACCUAGUUAAUACUAUUAUUUCUACAGUCAUGUUAAGGCUGUGAAUAUUUGCAACUGUAGGUUUCACAUGAUUUGAUGUGAGAAGACUAGUACGAUUACUUAUUGAAGUUGGUGCAGAUACAAGUAUGCUUUGCUGUCUUGUUACUUGUUACAUGAUGAUAUUACCAUCAGCUCAGGUUCUGAAAAUCCAAUUCAAUACUUCAUCGUGAAAUUAUUUUUCAAUUGUGUGAAUUCGCAGACUAUAUAACUGCAGCUUCACAGGAAUGAUGCAUAACCUUUUGUGCAUAACUCCUCCAUCUAACCUCACAAUAUAUAUUUCUUUAUUCAUGCACUUUAUUCAUGGACUUAAAACAUAUUGUUACUUAGCUAUGACCCCCAAUAGUAAGAUUGCAGGAUUUUUACAGGUUUACAAUAAUACAGUAUGAGCAUGUACUGGAGGUUAAAAUAACUCUUAAAACAUUGCUAUGUGGCACAAUUUUUCUGGUCAGGCAGCAGUGUGUGGUGUGCAAACCUAAAUUUAGAAAGAGAUCAUUUGGGUUGGUCUAAAUUUCAAAUCUUUUGUGGAAAAUACCUACAUAAAUUAAGUGCCAGAUGACUGAAGUAUUUUUUAACUUAUGAGGGUGUGACUUAAAACUUUUGAGAAUGAAUGGGUUAGUGGGGAAAAUCAAACUAUUUGGUAUCUAGAUUAAUAUUAAAGCACAACUGUUUGUAUCAUAAAGCACUAAAUAGCAAGCUCAACAGGACAAGUCUGAUUCUGGCAAACUGCCAUUUGUUCCAUGUACCUGUAGUUACAAAAUAUGUAGAAAUAAAGUAAAUCUGAAUUCAUUCAAAA